CCCUCAUUUCUCUCCAUUCUAUGUGCUCGCCGGUCGCCGCUUCAUCGUCAUCGAUAUCACAGUCAGAAAACCAGGUGCUCUCUCUCUUCACUUCUUCAGUCUCCUCUCUCUCUCCCCAACUGCCGGUCCCGGACAGUCUCUAAUGGCUACAGGACAAUCCAUGCCUCCCCCAGCUCCUUAUUCCAUUCCAUUUAUUUUUCCUCCCCCAGUUGCUUGUUAACCGCUCCGUCCUGUCCUCCACUCCUCCCUUCCACUUCCACCUCCGCCACCACCGCAGGAAAUCAUUUUCCGGCCAUCACUUAAUGGCUAUAUGUAUAUCAUCGAUCCUUUCCUGGAUUCCAUGUCGACCCGCUUAAACCCUUGAAAAACCCAUCUCCAUCUACCUCUUUGAUAAUCGAUUCGAACCAGAUCGACCCUUCUGAACUCAAAUGGAGAAGAGUAAUGGAACGAGGAGUCUUCUGUUCGGCAAGUAUGAGAUGGGGAGGUUGUUGGGGCAAGGCACCUUUGCCAAGGUCUACUACGGGAAGCAUCUCCAUACCGGGGAGAACGUCGCCAUCAAGGUGAUCAAUAAGGACCAGGUCAAGAAGGAAGGACUCAUGGAGCAGAUCAAGCGGGAGAUCUCCGUCAUGCGCCUCGUUCUCCACCCCAAUGUCGUCGAGCUCAAAGAAGUCAUGGCCACCAAGACCAAGAUCUUCUUCGCCAUGGAGUUCGUUAGAGGCGGUGAGCUCUUCGGAAAGGUCUACAAGGGGAAACUCCAGGAGGACGACGCCCGCAAGUAUUUCCAGCAGUUGAUCAGCGCAGUUGAUUUCUGCCACAGUAGGGGCGUCUCUCACCGUGAUCUGAAGCCUGAGAAUCUCCUUCUCGAUGAGAACGAGAACCUCAAGAUAUCGGAUUUCGGUCUGUCUGCUCUUCCGGAGCAACUGCGCAACGACGGGCUCCUUCACACGCAGUGUGGGACUCCGGCCUAUGUGGCUCCCGAGGUUCUGAGGAAAAAAGGCUACGACGGCUCAAAGGCCGAUCUCUGGUCUUGUGGGGUAAUUCUGUAUGUUCUUCUGGCUGGUUUCCUCCCUUUCCAGGACGAGAGUAUAAUGAAAAUGUACCGGAAAGUUUUCCGGGCGGAAUAUGAGUUCCCGCCCUGGUUUUCCCACGAGGCCAAGCAGUUGAUCUCGAGUCUCCUGGUUGCCGACCCCGAUAAGCGGAUUACGGUUUCGGAGAUAAUGCAAAUGCCCUGGUUCAGAAAAGGCUUCACUCGACCAAUCGCGUUCUCCAUAGAGGAACCGUUGCCGGAGAAGACAGAGGAAGACGACCCUGUCAUGAAGUCGAAAUCGUCUCCGCCUUUCUUUAACGCGUUCGAGUUUAUUUCCUCGAUGUCAUCUGGGUUCGACCUCUCGAGUCUGUUCGAGAGCAAGAGGAAAGCUAGGUCGAUAUUCACGUCGAAAUGCUCAGCCUCGGCAAUCAUGGCGAGGCUCGAGCUGGUGGCGAAGGGGCUGAGUUUCGGGUUCGUGAAGGUGAAGGAUUUCAAGGCGAAGAUGCAGGGAAGCGUCGAAGGGCGUAAAGGGAAACUGUCGGUGACGGCGGAGGUGUUCGAGGUGGCGCCGCAGGUUGCCAUCGUCGAGUUCUCAAAGUCCGCCGGAGAUACGCUAGAAUACGCCAAAUUCUGUGAAGAGGACGUUAGGCCAGCGUUAAAAGACAUAGUUUGGUCCUGGCAAGGUGACGGUAACGGUAACGGCAACACCAACGCUAACAAUCAACCACCCUAGCUCUCUCUAUUACGGAUUGUUUUGUUCCACUUCCAUCUUUCAUUCAAAGAGGUAGGGAGAGAGAGAGAGAUUGUAAGUAAUUUGUGUUUUAUGAUUCAUAAACGGUUCGGGUACGGAUUCGAGUGAAGGGUAUUGGGUGCAUUUUGUACAUAAAAGAGACUUUGAGAUUUGGAAUGAAAUGGGUUGCUUUCAUUUGCUCUUUA